UACAGCACUUCCGCCUAUCUCCCGCGCUAUCCACCACCUUACCUACGACGCGUUCUAGCCCAUAAACUGCAGUAUGUCGGGCCUCGAAAAUGCUCUCUUCAACCUAAAGUUCACCGCGAAAUCGCUGAACAGACAGGCGCUCAAGGCCGGAAAGGAGGAGCAGGCGGAGAAGACCAAGCUCGAAAAGGCUAUGAAGCAAGGCCACGGCGACAUCGCCCGCAUCUACGCCGGAAAUGCGAUCCGCAAGCAGAACGAGAAGCUCAACCUCCUACAGCUAGCCUCCCGCGUCGAUGCCGUCGCCGGCCGCGUACAGACCGCAGUCACGAUGCGACAGAUUACCGGCAAUAUGAUGAAGGUCAACCGGAGUCUGGAUGUGGCUAUGAAGUCUAUGAGUCCGGAGAGGAUCGCCUCCGUUAUGGUCGACUUUGAGAAGCAGUUUGAGAACGUGGACUCCGCAACCGAGCUCUAUCAGGACAUCACAUCCUCCGCCACUGCAGUCGGCACACCACAAGAAGACGUUGACCGCUUGAUGGCGCAGGCUGCGGAUAAGGCGGGCGUAGAUCUGCAGGAAGACCUCCAAUCGGCUACUCCGGCCAAGACGAAGGUGGGCCCUACUGAGCAGGAGGAAGAAGCGUUCACAGAGAGGCUGCGCGCAUUGAGAAAUUGAGCAACGGAUCGAAGUGAAUAUUGGAGUUUUGGGCGCAAGCGCUGGGAUCCUGGGUCAGUGAUACUGCAUCUUUCAUGACAGUCCAUGUUAAAGAGAUAUUCCUUGUUCCUACACAACUACCUGCAACAUCAGACGCCGUGUCUUACACUGACCAGUUUGAAUUCGGGCGUGGUGAGCAAUGUCGUGUCUCAGAUGUCUGCUGUUUCUUCGUUUGUUUUCCGAUUCUCCGACACUACUCGAAACUAGUACUGUGGAUUCGACCACUUGGAAAGAACUAUCACAACUUAGGUACACAACGCGUGGCUGGUGCACCCACGACCGCACUUCGAGUACAUCAGAUCUUCUCCAAAACCUGGUAUAUAUAUUCUACCAACGAAC